GGACACGGGGAGACACUGGGCCCUGCCUUGCCUGUAGCCCCAGGAUCUGCCCCUCUCCACCGCUCCAAAGCCCCGCUCUCCUCCUCCAGCCCAGGCUCCCAUCAGCUGAUGUCUCUGGCAGGCCUUGGCGGCAGUCUCCGCCCCUCUUGCUGGCAGCCCGGUUCUGGCAGGGAUUCCCAGUCUAAGCUUCAGCUCCCUCGGGGCCGAGCUGGACACUCGACUCGCAUGCAUGAGGUGCCCAUGGCUGACUCUGCGCUCAACCACUCCUGGCCGGCUCUCUCCAAGCUGUGGCUGAAGAGAUGGGCCUUUAAGCGAGGCUCUGAGCCCAAGCCAUGUGCCCAGCCCUUGGACUCUGGAGGUGCAGCCUUGGCCACCAAGGGUAGCCGUGGACCCUGGAGAGCUGAGAACCCAGAUUUCUUCUCAACCAUGGAGGAUGAUCAGGAAGAUGGUUUUCCAAGGCAUCUCAGCGAGAGCACAGAGGACCUCAGCCUGGAUAUGGGAGCCCUUCAGGGCAGCGAGUACCUCCGGGAUCUGGGCUUAGGGUCCCCUUCCGACUACCGUCAGUCUGAAGUGGCUAUGGAUCCCGAGACCCCCAGAGAAGAAGCCAGAAGGGAGCCCCUCUGCUCAAGCUAUGCAGGAGAUCCAGUCCUGCCUCAGAGACGCAGCUGGGAGAGGCCUCGGAGUUGCUCAGAGAGCUGUCGAAGGCUCAGCCUUGAUGCCUCCACAGUGGAGGAAGGAACCAGUCUCCCCCGGACUCUGGCUAGCCUUGCUCUGAAUCUGUCUGGAGAGGGGCAGAAGACUUGGACCCAAGUGUGCUUACCUGACAAUGAGACUCCAGCAGAACCCUCAAGCAAGGAAUGUAGCUACCCUGAGAAAAGGCUAAGAUCCAAGUCGGUGCCUGUGUCCUGUGAGGAGGUCAGCUGUCUGGAACUGGCUUCUGGCUCAGACGUGUCCUCUCCACCUGUGCAAGGCCUUGAACCACCUGUGCUAGAGAACCUGGAAAAGGACCAUGUGGAGCCAGACCAUGUGUUGAUAGUGCAACAAGUGCUUCAGGAGCUGCGACAGUACCACGGGGCCCGUCAGCGAGCUCACAUGCCCGUCAGCCCUGGAGGAGCCCACUCCAGCCUCACCUGGUUUGAGUUCUUGUCUGAGAGUGAGGACGGCGGGGGCAAGAGCGAGAAGACAGACAAGAGCACCAGAGUGAAGCGCAGCCUGAGCUCCCUCCGGAGCAGGGUCACCAGGCAAAAGGAGAAGGGGAAGAGUCCCACUCAUCUAAAGGAUAAGAUUCAGGACGCUCCAGGGAGGCGGGAGUGUGUCAAUGGGCACCAGCUGGUGCGAGGAACCUUCCUGGGCCACUCUAACUGUCCUCUGUGUGGCAAACCUUUGCUGAGCUCAGCCUCCCUGAAGGAGCCCCCUCGGACCACACUCCUGUCUGAUGGCAGCAGCCCAGCUCCUUCCAGGAAUGUCGGCAUGACCGUCUCUCAGAAAGGGGGUCCCCAGCCAACACCGAGCCCAGCCGGUUCUGGGGUACGACCUGGACCAAUCACUGGAGACAUGGAUGAAGCCGACUCCGUGUUUUUAAAACUGAAGCAGGCGGCCGAUGACUCUCUGUCACUCACAUCCUCGAAUGCUGAAUCUGUUUUCAUAGAAGAUCCUUACAUAGCCUCCCUGAGGUGUGAGAUUGAAUCCGAUGCCCAUGAGUUUGAGGCUGAGUCCUGGAGCCUCUCUGUGGAUUUAGCAUAUGCCAAGAAACAAAAGAAGGAGGUGGUGAAGAGGCAGGACGUCCUGUAUGAGCUGAUGCAGACAGAAGCACACCACGUACGCACCCUCAAGAUCAUGCUGAAAGUCUACUCCAGGGCCCUGCGGGAAGAGCUGCAGUUCAGUGGCCAGGCCGUCAGCCGUCUGUUCCCGUGCGCUGACGACCUAUUGGAAAUGCACAGCCACUUCCUGGCCCGCCUCAAGGAGCGCCGGCAGGAGUUCCUGGAGGAGGGCAGUGACCGGAAUUAUGUCAUCCAAAAGAUUGGGGAUGUCCUGGUCCAGCAGUUCUCAGGGGAAAGCGGAGAGAGAAUGAAGGAGAAGUAUGGCGUGUUCUGCAGCGGCCACAACGACGCCGUCAGCCACUACAAGUUACUGCUGCAGCAGAGCAAGAAGUUUCAAAACUUAAUCAAGAAAAUCGGCAACUUUUCCAUUGUGCGGCGGCUGGGAGUUCAGGAGUGCAUCCUUCUGGUCACCCAGCGCAUAACCAAGUACCCAGUACUGGUGGAGCGCAUCAUCCAGAACACAGAAGCCGGCACUGAGGACUACAAAGACCUGAGCCAGGCCCUGAACCUCAUCAAAGACAUCAUCUCACAAGUGGACGCCAAAGUCAGUGAGUACGAGAAGGACCAGCGCCUCCGGGAGAUCGCGGGCAAGGUGGACUUGAAGUCAUCCAGCAAACUCAAGAAUGGGCUCACCUUCCGCAAGGGGGACAUGCUGCAGCGCCGGCUCCAGCUGGAAGGCACCUUGUGCUGGAAGUCCACGACAGGGCGCUUGAAAGAUGUCCUCGCUGUCCUGUUGACUGACGUGCUUUUGCUGCUGCAAGAAAAGGAUCAGAAGUACGUCUUUGCUUCUGUGGACUCAAAGCCACCCGUCAUCUCUCUGCAAAAGCUCAUUGUGAGAGAAGUGGCCAACGAGGAGAAGGCCAUGUUUCUGAUCAGCGCCUCCAAGCCAGGGCCAGAGAUGUAUGAGAUCUAUACCAGUUCCAAAGAAGACAGGAACACCUGGAUGGCCCACAUCCGCCGAGCCGUGGAGAGCUGUCCUGAUGAGGAGGAGGACCCUUUCAGCGAGACUGAGGAGAGGAAGAUGACUGAAGCCCGCACCAUGAGACUCCGGGACUUUCAAGAGCGGCUGAGCCUGAAAGACCAGCUGAUCGCCCAGAGCCUCCUGGAGAAGCAGCAGAUCUACCUGGAGAUGGCUGAGCUGAGCGGGCUGGACGAGUCACCCCAGUGCCGAGGCCUCUUCCGAGGAGGCGGGGACCCUGCUGAGACCCUACGGGGGGAGCAGAUUCUCAGAUCAGCCAUGAGCGAGAUUGAGGGCAUCCAGAGCCUGAUCUGCCGGCGGCUGGGCAGCACCAGUGGCCAAGUGGAGGAGGGAGGUGUGUCUGCAGGCCUGCCUCGGAGGGCUGAGACCUUCGGGGGCUAUGACAGUGUGGGCAGCCCCAGCAAGAGUGGCAGCUUUAAAAAGAAAAUGUGCAACAAUGACCUCAGGCCCCAAGACUGGCAGGGGCCUGCUAGCAGCCCAGAUCCCACAUCCUGUGACAGCAACACCCCCGGUGGCUGUGAGGAAUCGCCACAAACGGUGGAGAUGCCCAGCACAGAGAGUAGCUCAUGUCUGCCCACUGUCCUGGAGUCAGAGCUGGUCCACCGGGUCCAGACACUGUCGCAGCUGCUUCUUAGUCUCCAGGCAGUCAUCGCCCAACAGGACAGCUAUGUGGAGAUGCAGCGAGUGGCCAUCCAGGAGCGCGAGAAGCAGUUCCGGCUGCAGUCAACACGCGGCAACCUGCUCCUCGAGCAAGAGCGGCAGCGCAACUUCGAGAAGCAGCGUGAGGAGCGGGCGGGCGUGGAAAAGCUGCAGAGCCAGCUGCGCCAGGAGCAGCAGCGCUGGGAGCGGGAACGUGCACGCCAGCAGCAGGAACUGGAGCUGGCGGGCGCGCGCCUGCAGGAGCGAGAGGGCGAGGCGCGCCAGCUGCGCCAGCGGCUGGACGAGGAGCGCACGGAGCUGGAGCGGCAGCGCCAGGCCUACCAACACGACCUGGAGCGUCUGCGCGAGGCCCAGCGUGCAGUGGACCGUGAGCGUGAGCGCCUGGAGCUGCUGCGCAGAUUCAAGAAACAGAACACUGCACCGGGGGCCCUGCCCCCAGAGGUGCUGGCAGAGGCACAGCCCACAAGCCACCCUCCCAGUUUCAAUGGGGACGGACCAGAGGGGCGCUUGGCCCUAGCCAAAGCACCAGGGACCCAAGGGAGCCUGCUGCUUCCUGGCACGGGGCCUGAGUACAUAGAGCGACCUGAGGCGGCCCGCUGGGACAGUGUCCCUGCGGAGAGCCGGCCAGCCAAGAGCGAUGUGCCCAUCCAGCUGCUCAGUGCCACCAACCAGAUUCAGAGGCAGACGGCCGUGCAGCAGCAGAUCCCCACCAAGCUGGCCGCCUCCACCAAGGGCAGCAAGGAUAAGAGCAGCAAGAGCAGAGGUUCCCAGCGCUGGGAGAGCUCAGCGUCCUUCGACCUGAAGCAGCAGCUGCUUCUCAACAAGUUCAUGAGCAAGGAUGAGAAUUCAUCACGAAACCGCCGGUCCCUGAGUCCCAUCCUGCCUGCUACCCACGGAUCUGCACCUGCCCCAGACCCCUGCUUUCCAGCCCCAAGUCCAGCCCCAGCUACCACGCCCCCUGAGGCCUUCUUCAAGUCCGGAAGCACGUCCCUGCCACCUGCAUCCCCAGGCCCCUCACUGCCAACCACACCACUCACAGCCAAGGACGAAGUUGGCAAGGAAGAUGUCAUCUUCUUCUGAGGGGACCAUUGCCCCAAAGCAGACCCCUCUCUGUCCUGAUAAUCCUUUAUGUCUCUGGGGAUCCCACGGGUGACUGUUACUGUCUGGCCCUCCCCUUCCCCUGCCUGAGCACACCCAGGCACUUGCUCACCUGAGGUUGCCCUGUUGGUGUCUUGGGUCUCACAGCUCUCUGUAGAAUUAGUGGUAAAGUCUGGGUAGCCUCUUCCACCUUUUUAUAUAUGUACGUGUAAACAAAGUUCUUUUAAAUUGAAGGUCGAACUCCAGCUAAACCACAGAGCUGUUUUAAUCCAGACGUAGACAGCACAAAGCUGGGGGGCCAGGAGACAAACACAGGAGGGUCAGAGAAGACCCAGGGGCAGGUUCCAUAACCCCCAGAAAUCUCUGGGUUGAGCUGAGUCAUUAGGUUCCAGAAGGCACUAGAAUCACCCCGAGUCCAGUGAAUCGCCUCCUCCAAAGCAGCAAUUGAUGCUGGCCACAGAAAGCCUUGACCAGUAAGUGAACUGGGCAGACCAUGGAGCAAUGGACUGAGUCUGUGGGUUCAGAAAUCAAUCUGAAGAGGGGCACCUACCAUGUCCUCGCAUCCGCCCAUCUGAGACACAGAACUCUGGGUUCAGCAGGGCAGCACAUAUCCCAGACAGACAGUGUUUGAUCCCUGUGAAAUAAGCAGGUUUUCCCUGGUCUUUUCUGUGUCCUGCCAGAAAGGCAGAAGUCUGGUCAGUGGCUGAUCUGGUCUGGUUUCCAGGGCUGGGCACCCAUAGGCUCAGGAGGUGACCGGGGGUGUGGUGACCAAGAGUCCGACAGCUGGUGGACAGCAGCGUGCUGACCCUGAAAGUGGUGGUGUCUAGUGACUUCAGAGAGCCAGGAGUGGUGGCUUGUCAUCUCUGUGGUGUCCAGAGUGUAUAUCCAUCUACCAGACCUCAUCCGUGCCAUGUUGCUAAUCAGUGUUUUGUGCUUUUUUUGUACUGAGAUGUAGCAGAGCACUUUAGGAAAGCUGUUUUUAAGUUCCCACUUGGUGAAGAGAACAUUCCAGGACCCCGCCCCUGACACCAUGAUUUUUUGGACUUAGAAGGUGGCCCUGGGUAGGGUUUAUCACAUCUGCCCGGUGGCCAGGUGUAUCUUAUCCGUGUUCUGCACACAGUAGAGCAAUGUUUUCAGUGUAUCUGUCACCAGCAGCCAAUGUUCCUCCUUGUUGGAUCUUGUUCAUAAAGCUGGUGAGCCAGCAGCAUCCCCAACUCUGAGAGUGAGUGGCAUCCCUUGUCAAUUGUGACCGUGAUCUUUGUCUACCCCGUGAUUAUUUUCACAGUGAUAACAGAGCAUCCUGGCCAUGGGGUAUUCUGGAAUCACCCUAGAACUUAUGACCAGAUUCUAGCAAUAAAAGUAUCCAAAGGAUC